AUGCGUCAACAAAUCCAACAAUGGCAAAUCGCAGUUGUAAAUGGCCAACAAAUCUCACCACCCGCGGGGUCACAAUCUUCUGGACAGCCUCCAUCAAGUGUAUGGAUUCAAGUCCCGGCUAACGGAUAUUACCCUCCGCCAUCAUACCCAUAUCCGUCGUAUCCUCUCCAACAAUACCCAUCACCAUACUCACCUCCGUCUUACCCACCGCCAUCUUGCCCAUCAUCCUCAUACCCACCGCCAUCCUAUCCACCUCCUUCAUACACACAGCCAUCGCCGUAUCCUCAACCGUCACCAUAUCCUACACCAUCUCCUUAUCCUCAACCUUUACCAUACCCACAACAGCCAUUAUAUCCACCGUAA